AGUUUCCCAAGAUCGUUACCGAUCAUUCCACGAUUCUGGUUUGGUAUAUAAGAGCCGGGACUCAGAUAUCCCAUUUCUAGCAGAAACGCAUCUACAGAACGUUAUCGCAAUGUCUGUCGCUUCAGCUUCUCAAGGUCCUAUGCUGGUGGGACACAUGUUAAACAUCCUCCUCAUGGGCGUCGUGCUGGUUCAGGUGUACAUAUACAUGAUGACAUAUCAAAAACGUGACAAACUUUGGUUAAAGGCGUUUGUUUUUUUUCUGCUGAUAGUCAAUUUAUUGAAUACGGUUACGCAAUUCAUCUACAUCUACACUGCACUUAUCGUCCACUUCAUGGAUCCAGCAUAUUUGGCCAAAGUCACGGCGGUCUUUGCCAUUUCUGGGGCUUUGACAGGUGUGAUAUCCGGUUCUGUACAGCUGUUCUUUGCCUGGAGAGUGAAGAUCUUGACCUCGAACAUAUGGUUGGUAGCCAUGGUUUGCGCGACUGCAUUGGCUGGUACCACUGGAUCCAUUGGUAGCACGAUUGAAGCCAUGAAGAUUGGCACCUUCCUUCGAUUUCAAGAUAUUAAGGCUUGGGUUAUUCUCUGGCUCGUGGCCACGUGCGCCGCAGACAUUUUAAUAACUGUCAUUCUUGUUUGGCAUCUGUACAGUCACAAGACAGGAUUCCGGGGUUCCGAUGAAUUAGUCGAUAAAAUCAUUCGGUCAACUGUACAAACGGGCUUAAUCACGACAUGUUGCGCCCUAAUUGAUUUACUCACUUACCUUCUGGACCCCACAGGACUCCAUCUAGUGUUCAACUUCCCACUCCCAAAGCUGUAUACCAACACCCUUCUGAGCAGCCUCAACUCCAGAGGCGGCUGGUCGUACGAUUCUAGUGCAGAGUCGCAUUCCCAUACUACCGGCGGCAUUGUAUCUGGAGGUGCCCCCAGGUCAAAACAGGGCGUGCGCUUGGAUACCGCCACACAUCCUGAAGUCUUUGUUACUGUUGAGCACCACGAGAUGGAGGAUGUCUCCUUGCGGAAACCUGACCUCCAUUCUGUCGAUAGAGACAUCAAAGUAGAUCCUUCCUUUGAUGGAUCUCACUCUUGGGAACAGAUCGGCCGAAAAGUUUGACAUACUAAUACUAUUGUAUGAAUGUCGAGCCCCAAGUACACGCUCAUAGUAGUGUUAGUAAAGCACAGGUUAGAUCAUGUUAAUGUAUAGCCAUGAUUGCUUCGCACUGAGCUCCUAAGUACUAUCAUAUCCAUGUCAAACUGACAUGUAGGACUA